AUGGAGGCUAGAAGUGUUCUGGUUUUGUGUUUCGCCUGCCUCAGCGUGUUUACUGGCGCGCGUGGCGAUAAAAAGGACAUUUACGCUAAAAUCGUGGAUUUGGUGGCUCCAGGUAAAGAGUUCCUCACAGAAGAUGCGCUUCUCUCGGUGUUUGAACGGCUGGAGAACCGUGUGCAGUGCUCCGGUGAUAUCACAUCUAGACUGUCCACAGACUCUACUCUAAUGGGUCGGGCUGUAGCCCUGAAUGUCAACGUCUUUCUGCGGACCCUGAUUAAGACCCUGGGCAUGUUGUAUCUGAUGCUGAGCCUCUCGUGGAAGCUUACGCUACUGAUGCUGAUGGAGACGCCACUGACAGGCUUACUGCAGAACAUAUAUGACACACAUUAUCAGAGGCUCUCAAAAGAAGUUCAGGACUCUAUGGCGCAAGCCAAUGAAACUGCUGGGGAGGCGGUGUCAGGAAUCAGGACUGUAAAGAGUUUCAGGACAGAACUUGGUGAAGCAAAUCACUAUGAUGUCCGUUUGAUGGAAACCCAUAAUCUAAAGACCCGACGGGACACAGUCAGGGCGAUUUACCUGCUGGUUAGGCGGAUGACAGAAUUGGGAAUGAAGGUGGCCAUGCUUUACUAUGGGAGACUCUUCAUCCAGUAUGGACAGAUGAGCACAGGGAAUCUAGUCUCUUUCAUUCUCUAUCAGCAAGACCUUGGAGACAACAUUAGGACUUUGAUCUAUAUCUUUGGAGAAAUGCUGAACUCGGUGGGUGCAGCUGGUAAGGUGUUCGAGUACCUGGACCGAAAGUCUGAAGUCAGUAUUGAUGGUGACCUGCAGCCCAGUGAUCUGAAAGGACACAUCAGCUUUCAGAACCUCUCCUUCUCGUAUCCCAGUAGACCUGACCACAAUGUGUUAAAGAACUUCUCUCUGGAGUUGAAGCCGGGUCAGAUGACGGCUCUGGUGGGAAUGUCAGGAGGAGGGAAGAGCACCUGUGUGAGUCUGCUGGAGAGAUUUUAUCAGCCUCAGCAGGGACACAUUCUGUUAGACGGAAAACCACUGCAGAACUACCAGCACAAAUACUUGCACAGCAAGAUAGCGAUGGUGGGUCAGGAGCCUGUACUUUUCUCUGGCAAUGUACGAGACAACAUUGCCUAUGGUCUGCCCGGCUGCUCAAUGGAUAAAGUAAAGGAGGCUGCCAGCAAAGCCAAUGCCCAUGCCUUCAUCAGCAAACUGGAAAAUGGCUACAACACAGAUGUUGGAGAGCGUGGAAAUCUGCUCUCGGGAGGUGAGAAGCAGCGCAUCGCUAUCGCCAGAGCUCUGAUCAGGCAACCUCAGGUGCUCAUACUGGAUGAAGUGACCAGCUCUUUAGACACUGAAAGUGAACAAAUGGUUCAACAGGCCCUGGCCUGCUGCCCCAGCCAGACUUUGCUUGUGAUUGCUCAUAGGCUGAAGACCAUCGAGAGGGCGGAUCAGAUCGUGGUGAUUGACAGCGGGGAGGUGGUGGAGCUCGGUACACAUCAGGAACUGAUGGACAAGAAAGGAAACUACUAUAAACUGAGAGAGAGGCUCUUUACUGAUGAUAACACAGCCAAACAAGACCAAGAGAAAUCUGACACUGUAAAAGCCCAGUAGCCUGUGAUAAAAUAAUGUGCCUGUUCAUAAUACAAAUAUACCAUUACAAACCUUUGUAAAUAGGAACAUACAGUAUAAGUGAGGACGUUAUCCUUUAACCAUUAUCACAUUUCUAAAAGAUCUGUGGUAUUGAACUGUGGACUUGUACAUAGAAUAAAUUCAGAGAUGAUCAUCAGUCAAAAUGUUUUAUCAACAAGCAAUUUUGAUAAAUGUAACAUUUUGGAUUUGUUCGUGUUGUGAAUAAAUGUGAAUAAAUAUUGA